AUGGCCUCUUCAGUUGGUUUAAUCCUCAAAGCUGUAAACCUAUCGGGUGAAACUGCUGAAAACAUUUUGGAAUCACUGUGUGAAAGUUUGCAAGAAUUAAAUAUAAACAUAGACCAUAUAUUAGGAUUUACAGCUGAUACAACAAAUCAUUUAUUGAUGGAUUUGGUAAGGGAGCGUGUAUUAGUAAUUGAAAGUAAAAAUACUGAUACAAAUACAAACUCAAAUAAGCUAGCAGCAUGGGCAGAUUUAUUAUGCAGUUUCAACAGUAUGUGCAAAGGUGGCACUCGCACCCUUCCCCAAAUAAAAUCCCAAUGGAGCAUCAUUAAAAUUACAAAAACGAAAAUUAAGUCUGUUGAACUAAAGAAUCUUCGCCAGACUGGUGGUGGUCCACCUCCAACAACGAACCCUGAAUAUGCAGAUGACAUCUGUUCAUGGCUCUCUAACGAAUUUGUAAACAAAAUAAAUCAGAUUGGGGAGCCAUCGCAAAAUGAAAUCAAAGUGGAUGAUAUAAAUAAACUUGUCAAUGUUGAAAACAAGUCUUCAGACAUUGUGAGCAUCAGUAAAGCAUUGAGAUAG